AUGUCCGGCCGUGGGAAGGGAGGCAAGGGGUUGGGCAAGGGCGGAGCAAAGCGGCACCGCAAGGUGCUCCGGGACAAUAUCCAGGGAAUCACGAAGCCGGCAAUCCGGCGCCUGGCGAGGAGAGGCGGUGUUAAGAGGAUUAGUGGGCUGAUUUACGAGGAAACGAGAGGAGUCCUGAAGAUAUUCCUGGAGAACGUCAUCAGGGACGCCGUCACGUACACCGAGCACGCCAGGAGGAAGACAGUGACUGCCAUGGAUGUGGUCUAUGCUCUCAAGAGGCAGGGCCGUACUCUGUACGGCUUUGGCGGUUGA